CGACUGAAUCCAGUCACACCACUGCGUCCGUUGUUUGCCCACACAACACGGAAGGAGAAUGCGACAUCGUGCGACAGCAGCUGCAGCGCUGGGGGUGGUGCUGCUGGUGCUGCUUGGUUGUUGCAGGACCAUCCCUGUCACAGCCAAGCCGUGCCCGGAGAACAGCGUCUUUGUAUACAGCGCAGCACACGACAAGCCAAUGUGUGCAUGUGACCCGAAGGCGCACUGCGCUGGGGAAAGCUGCGUCUCCGGGUCGGACGACAACUUGCCAGCCAUGUCAGCCUCCAAUAAAGGGUUUCCGAUCGAUUGCCCCACAUGCUCCUGCUACUUCUUGGAGAGGGCAUCAGAGGCCAUCAUCAACGGCGGCGGAAAGCCCAUUACCGACCCAAACACGGGCAAGGUCCUGUUCUACGAUCACCCGGACAGCGUCUUUAAUGAACACUGUGAAGUGGAUCCAGAUGUAAUGCCACCGGCGCCCAAGGCGCUUGACCGCGUCAACUGGGUACACAUCCCAAAGUGUGCAAGCUCCGUGACCAGCCUCAUCUACAACUACGCGUGCAGGGACUUUACGUCCGCCGUCGUCUAUGAUCCACAGCGCGAUGGGCCACUGAACCAAAACGAAACCUUCAGGGCAUACAAACCACACACCUGUGCGGCCUGCUUCCAGACGUGCAACAAGCGCAAGUGCUCGCGUUUCACAACCUGGGCGCCCCACUCCGGUCUCAUGCGAGAUGAGGGCGAGGUGCGCGAGAAACAGUGCACCGCCCGCGUUGUAGGCGUUGUACCUGGCCACAAUCCACUCGAUUUUAGUGCACGCAUGCACGGCUCGUACAUCGGCACAUUCCGUGAUCCUCGCCGCCGCCUUCUCUCCGCAUUCAAUUACCACCGCCACGCGUACGGGAUGGUCAAGACCCAGCAGGCCAAGCUGAAGAACACACACACGCUGGAAGAGUUUGUGGCUUUUAAUGGGAUUGCGCACUGUCAAGUGAAGCACCUGAAUGGCAUCAAGUGCGGAGAGCAAAACGUGGACAUUGGGUUUGGGUUUGUGACAGCUGCCGUUGAGAGGUUCCUGACGACGUUUGCCUUUGGAGGGCUGACCGACUACUACUCGUUGUCUGUGUGUCUGUUCCACCGCAUUUACGGCGGAAAAGUCCAUCCGGACGAACUCCGCAACAUGCGGCCAGGCGAGGAUUUCUUGGCCAAGUACGAGAAGGAGGGCUACAACAUCCUGCCAAAGAGUGCAUGGCGCGACUUCUCCGUUCGCGACGAGCCGUACGACUGGCUGCUGUACACAGUCGUGCUGGACCGCUUCCACACGCUCGUGCGCACCUACGGACUUGUCGUGCCGGACACGCUGGCACGAGAACACGCUGCCAUCAUGCGAUACUGCAGUGAAUGGGUUGAAGCUGCCAAGAGCGGCGACAGCGACCGUUACCGUGAUGGCGCUGAUAAGUGCCUUGAUUAUGUCGAACCCCCAGCAACAGACGAAUAGACAAUACAUAGCAAUGUUGGAUUGGAGUGACUGAAAC